CCCACUCUUUCGCCGAACCUAUCGCUUCCCACCCCCAAAUCUGUUAGAUGACUGCUCCGAUGAUCGCCUCGUCCUCCCAAUUCCUCGGCCUACGGAUCACCCCUCCUCCCUCGCGCUCCGCCGCGCCUCCGUCCCCUCGCUCCGCCACCUCCCUCCGCUCGCCGGGCAUCUCCGCCGCGUACACCGCCGCGGCGGAACGCCCGCCCCCCGCCGCCCUCUCCCCGGCGGCGCAAUCGCCCUUCGCCUCGCUCUACGACGUCCUGGGCCUCCACGCCGACGCCACCGGCCAGGAGAUCAAGGCCUCGUACCGGCGGCUGGCACGCGCGUGCCACCCGGACGUGGUGGCCACCGACCGCAAGGGCACGUCGGCCGACGAGUUCAUCCGGAUCCACCACGCCUACUCCACCCUCUCCGAUCCCGACAAGCGUGCCGACUACGACCGCAAGCUGCUCCUUCUCGGCCGCCAGCGCCGGUCCGUCCGCCACGCGACGCCGCCGCAGCCGUCCUCCUCCUCCUUCCGGCCUUUCUCCCGCUCCCCGUCUUUCCCCGGCUACGGCCGUCGGACUUGGGAGACCGACCAGUGCUGGUAGAUCGGCCGAUCGGUAUCCAGACCGGUGGAGCCGUCCGAUGGGAUUCGGACGGAAGGAUCUAAUCCUUUCUAUAGGUCCCAAUUUUUACGGUAGAUCUGUAGCCACGUGCGGCCGCCGGAGCCCUGGGAUGAUCUUGUCGGCCUUUGGACGGAUCUAUUAGGUGGUGGGUGUGGAUGGAGCCAGGUAUAACGUAAAGCUGCUACGACCUCCAUCUUCUUCUUCUGAUUUCUUUUGGUGGUCGCUUGUAAAAAAAUUUCCAGUUUUGUAACAUUUCCUCGUCUAUGCGAGUUUGAUAUAUGAAAUAUACUAUUAACAUAACGUGGAAGAGAUGGUUAAUGUU